AAACGUAAACACUUCGUCAGUUCACUAUCAUGAUCCUUGGCGGUCCAUGUUGUUGCAGCCGAUAUGUCGACUUCAGUGACAAUAGUCGGUGGUGUGAAACUCGCCCAAAAGCUUAAUGACACUAAGCUGAGUAAGGUACAAACGGUUUCGAUGUUGGUGCCACAUCGCUCGAGAGAUGAAGAAAUGAAGACCCAAGACAAAUUUCAAACCCAGCGGUACGAGGAGUGUACAAGGCUGGUGGCCGGUAAGACUCGUCAUCACUGGCGCGUCAUACCAGUGGACAGGAGACACAGACACAGCUACCAUCUAGAGUCAUAUGCAAGUUGUCAGGUUUCAGCCAUGAUUUCCCUUGGAUGGCUCUCUGAGGAUGGUCAGGGUGGUCAGCUACACGCUGCAACCAGAAAAGGGAAGGUCCAUAUUGUCAAGAAACUGCUAAAGGAAGGAACUCGGGUGGAUUAUCCCAAUUCUAGAGACCAGACUGCACUCUUCUGUGCCUGUUACUUGGGCAAAGAGAAGACUGUGAAGCUUCUUCUGAAGUAUGGAGCCAAUGCAAAUGAACGUUCAGACAAUGGCAGCACUCCUGUCCACGCGGCUGCCUGGAGCUGCAAGACUGGCAUCCUGCUGAGGCUGGUCAGGGCAGGGGGGAACAUCAGGCUGCAUGACAACGAGGGAAGGACACCAAAGGAUUGGGCACUGGAGAGAGACAAGAAGAAGAAUAAGAAGAUGUUAAUCCUGCUGGACCAGAUGUACAUGCACGCUGUGGCCCUCAGCAAUGGAGAAAUCACUGGUGCAGCUGGAGAAACUGUCAAGAUGUACACUGGGACUGGGAAGAACCAAUCAGCAGGCUACAUCUCUACCAUCCCCAUCAUUCCUGAGACUCAGCUGUCAAAGGCCGAGGGGGGCACAUCAGCCCUCAAGUAUGUGACAGGAGGAUUCUUCACAAUGCAAAACCGGGGCAUCCUGCACUGCUGUGUCACCUCUCAUGCUGCAUACAUUACCGGUGGGGACAGCUGCAAGCUGGGCAACUUUGAGUACGCUGUGGAAAAAUGUGAGAACCAGGCUCUGCAAAAGAAAUCCUUAGUGCUCCAAAAUUCCAGGCCUCUGGCAGCUUACAACUGGUUAGCCCCUGAAAUCCAUGCAGGGAGACCCCCAACCACCAUGAGUGACAUCUACAGCUUCUGUGCUCUCAUAUUUGAGAUCUAUACAGGACAAGUACCCUUUGAGUCAUUGGAGGCUCACGACUUCCGCAGACAUGUUGCUACCGGUAAGAGGCUGCUUCAGCUGGAGGAAGGCAGUGUACCACUGGGGCUGGACCAUCUGGUGACAUGUGGCCUGUCUUACAGGGGUGUGGACAGGCUCACACCACUCACAUCAUACAGGGAACAACUCUGCAGGGAACUAGAGGUCCUGCAGCCUGCAAAUAAAUCACCUGGGCAGGUGUCCAGGUGUACCUACACAGUUGGUGCAUCACCAAGCUGCCUUGGUGAGACGACUAUGGACACAACACAGGACUCGGUGACUGAUCAGGACCUGGUGGCCUCCCUGCCUGACUGUUUGGAUGGGAAGGGCAGCCUUUCCUGUGACAGGACUAGCUCAAUGAAGCAAAGUCCAAACAGGAGGUCGAUACCAAAACAGGGGAGUCUGUCAGCCUGUGACACAAGUGACAAGGAGAACCUUCCAGCCUUCCCAUCAAAGUUCCAGACUGUGCUCGACAACGCCUUACAUGCUGUCAGCAACAUAAGGGAAGACAUCACCUUCCAGGAGAGCCCCAUUCACUACCUGAGCACUCAGAACAAACAAGUGCUUCAAGAGAGGAAUGAAACCAGUGGGGCAGACGAAGGUGUGGUCAUCUUCAGAAGGGAUCACGAACUCAAGAUAUACAACAACCCAGAGGACAUUGAGAUAUACGACACUCACAUGCCUGGAGAACAGCACACCCACUCCACACCUAUUGUGUCAAGCAGGCUGCACCAGAAGCUACAAUCUCUUUUAAAAGAGAGUCCUCUACAGCCGCAUUAUGAGCCUAGCACCAGCUCAAGUUCACUGAGUAAACGAUGGAGCUUCCUGGCCAGGAAAUCCAAGUCUGUUGGGCAGCUCAUUCAAACAUUUGAAGCCAAAGCAAGAGGGCAGGAUACAAAAUCAAACAGAGCAUCAAAGUCUGAUUUAGCUGCACAAGAUGCAGAUUCUUCCUUGUACAGUGCAGAGAAGGAAGACAUGUCAAUAAGUGCCAAAGAGCAGAAGCAGAUGGAAGCAAGACCAAAUCUGAACAGAUCUGAUGAAAACGGAGGAUCCAAAUCUCCAAACGUCACAAGUACAGUGCUUGACAAGGAUUAUAGCAGUAGCAGCAUCUCAGAGGCAAACACCACUACUGAUUUGCACUGGCAAUCAGCAAUUGACAGGUCAGCUGCUACAGUGACAGACUACCAAGACAUGAGUAAAGCAGAUGAUUCUGCUGUAUCUCUCAGCCUGGACAGGAAGGAGUCCUUCUACAUGGAGACUCAGGACCAAGACAGUGUCAUAAUGUCGAGGGAGGCAGGUUCUUGUGCAGCUCCUGUUGAGGUUCAGUACUGGCCACAGCAAGUAGAGACACAGGAACGCUGCAGCGACACCAAUGACAAAGCAGAAUGUAUGGCCACUGCUAGCACAGUAGAGGCAAGUAAUGCACAGGGUGACAGUGAGCUACCAGCAAAUCUACUGAGCCAACCAAACUUUCUAGAUUGCCGUUUCAAGUCCCUGCAGGAAUGCCAGGCUAUGGACAAAAUGAGCUUCACAACUGACUCCAGUUUCAUCAGCAGUGGUACAGAGGACACCAGUGACAGUGAAGAUGACAGUGGCAGCUCCACAAGCAAAGAGUCUCUCCAGCUGGACCCAGCGUCUCACGUUCUCAGCAAGGAUGGUGGGGACUUGCGUGUUGUACAUCACAAAUUCUUGCAGUCUCUCCAGGAAAGGUCAGCUUUUGAGGAUGACUUGACACAGGUUUCUGCCUUAGAAAUGUCAGGGACAAGCCUGGACCAACCAGAUAAUGAAGCUAAAGGAGACAUACCUUCAACUGAAAGUGACCCAAUGACAAGAGAGGGUGAAGAGUUGACAACAGAAGGUCAACAACAGUCUGUGCCCAUGGAGAGCUUUCAUCCAGCAAAAGUACAGGCAGUCCUCACAAGUAGGUCCAGGAAUGACAGCAUCCUCUCUGAAACAAGCCUGGAAGUUUCCGCCAUCACAUCCUCAGCCGUGCUCAAUCAUAGCACAUCAAUCAGCAACAGUGAGAGCAAGGAUGGCAGCAUCACGUCUACUUCAAGCCUGGAAGUCUUGUCCUUGACCAAAGCCUUAGAAGAGAUGGUUCCCGUAAAAUCUCAACUAACCAACAUCAGAAUGCUGGAGUCCCCAACAGUGAAGGCUGUUGAGAUGUCAGAAAGCUCAUCAGAAGGAAGUGAAGAUGGUUCAGAUGACAACUGGAUGUUUGGAGAUGGGGACGGUCGUGGAGCUGGUCAGAGUAAGCAGAUUAGCAAUGACACCGAGAAUACUGCAUCUCCAGAGACAGAUAGGAAGAUGGAAUUCACCAGAGAGGUAGAAGUCUUUGGAAGAGGUGACUGUGGGGAGAGAGGUAAUGGAGUAGAUGAUAGCCAGGAUAAAGAGCAAGGUUCACACGAGUGUGGUAGGAAGAAAACAAGAGUGGAGACAUAUGUUUGAAAUAAUGUUACAUUGCACAUACUGCUUGUUUGACUUAAGGGUACAGACGUUUUUGGCUUGGAACCUUUGACAAGUAGU